CCCCUUCUCAGUGUGGAGCAGCUCAACACAGAACUGCUAUAGCCUACCGUCAAGCUGUGCAUGAGUGUGUGUGCGUACUUGUGCACACAUACACUGAGCGAGGCAGACGUCUACGAAGACUCAACAGGAGAUUUCACUCAACUGCGCAGCAGACAAUCACUGACGCAUGGGACAGCCUGAAACCGGUCUGAAUUAUAUAGCUGUAGUUCUUCUGCCAUGAUUAUUUCCUUCACCCCUCCUACCUCUUGAUCGGAGAGAAGUAGACGCGGAUGGGUACGGACGGCUUUGCCAUUUGCAUUGGAUUGUCCACACCCCUUCGGAGAUAAGGACGGGGACUGAGCCCUCGGUUGCGCCUACAGGAGAAGGAGAAAGUGACACUGGGAAGACUGGAAGGCGAAACGAGCGCCGAGAACUGAUUUGGGGAAUUUAUUCACUUUUGUUGUCAGGGAAACUCGCUCCGUUUUCCUCGUCUCAUUAACUUCCACCGGAUCCAGCUUGUUACUGAACAAUUAGGAUUUACAUCAGAUGAUACCUCCCCUGGCGGCAGACAUGGAGUCCCUCCAGAGCUGUGUCCACCAUGUCCCUCUCCGUGCGGCCUUCGCGCCGAAUUGUCUCCCGGUCCAUCACUAGGAGUCAGUCCUUUGCCGGAGUCAACUCCUACGACAAACCCUACAGGUCCCUCUCUGUGUUCAGCACCCCAGGGUGCACCAGGAAAGCCUCUAACAGAGGAAGCAGAAUGUUCACCCUUUCUGCCAAAUCACAGCCCCCAAAGGUGCCUCAGCCCGAGAGGCUGGACGAGGUCUACGAGGCUCUGAAGAGAGGCCUGCAGUCCUAUCUGCAGGUCCAUCAGAUGGAGCUGGACAGCCUCAGCAGGCAGAUGAAGGAAUCCAAGAGGAACUCGCGCCUGGGCUUCCUGUAUGAACUGGACAAGCAAGUGAAGGUUAUCGAGAGGUUCAUGCGCCGGCUGGAGUUCCAUCAGAGCAAGAUUGAUGAGCUGUAUGAUGCCUACUGCAUGCAGCGGCGGUUGCGGGAUGGUGCGAAUAAGAUGGUGAAGGCCUACACGGGAUCCAGCGGCAGCAGAGAGGCCAGGGAGAGCCUGUCUGAGGCCAACAAAGGCUUCAAGGAAUACACAGAGAAUAUGUGCAUGCUGGAAAACGAGCUGGAAAAUCAGCUUGGAGAGUUCCAUAUCAAAAUGAAAGGUCUGGCAGGCUUCGCGAGGCUGUGUGCAGGGGACCAGUAUGAGAUCUUUAUGAAAUAUGGCCGUCAGCGCUGGAAGCUCCGGGGUCGGAUCGAGAUCAACGGCAAGCAGGUGUGGGACAGCGAGGAGAUGGUCUUCCUGCCGCUCAUCACAGAGUUCCUGUCAAUAAAGGUGACAGAAAUCAAGAGCCUAGCCAAUCAUGUGGUGGUGGGGAGCGUGUCAUGUGAGACAAAGGACCUGUUUGCUGCACUGCCUCAGACGGUGGCCGUGGACAUCAACGACCUGGGCACCAUCAAACUGAGCCUGGAGGUCACCUGGAACCCCUUCGAUAAGGACGACCAGGCCUCCUCUGCCAGCACGGUCAACAAACCUCCGUCAGUCAACAAGCGCUUCUCCACCUACAACCAGAGUCCCCCAGACACACCGUCUCUGCGCGAGCAGGCCUUCUAUUGUUUUGUUUGGAAUGCAUGCCCAGUUACUUCGUUUACACCCUCAUCCCAGACGGCUCCUCGGGGGAUGGCGCCAAAGCAGCGCUGGUCCCUGCUGGACGUGUUCCGCGACACGGUGGCAGACAAGAUCUCGCAGAGCUGCUCUUGCAGCGACCUCACCUCCAUCCGUCUUGGACAAGCACAUAAUAUGUUGCGACGACAGGAGGACAUGGAGAAUGGCACGGCCUGGUCCAACUCUUCGGAGUCCUCUGACGACUCCUCCAGCCCCCAGCUCUCCCUGGGACUCCGCCACACCAACAAGAACGUGGUGCAGCCGGAGGUGCAGGCGGCCGCCCCUGCCAUCGAGAUCUCCUUCGCUCCUCGGGAGUCUGCCACCUCCACCCCCACCCGCUUAGCCAAUCAAAAGGAGGAGGUGGAAGAGGAAGAGGAAGAGACUGUGAAAGCCAAAGUCGGUGCCGUGGCGGCGGUUGCUGCAACAACAGCAGCAGCGGCUGCCACAGUGGAUGCUGGGAAGACGGAGGUGCCAAAUGGCCACACCCGAUACUCACGCUCACUGAGUCACAUCAGUGAGAGCAGUGUGGAUGGCGCUUUGACAGACAGGUCGACCGGUGAAUCAGUCGAGCCAUCUGAUGUGACCUCUGUUGCAUCUGCCGUAUCAGUCAAUGACAUUGUCAUGGAGAUGCCAGUCAAGACAGAGCCUGCGACCACAGUGGCGGUAUCCCAGGAUGGCAGCACCACAUCGGAACCGGAGAAUUCUAGUAACGAGCCUCUGUCUAGCUCCGAUGAGGUGCCAGGUGAACAGGAGGAUUCAGAGGUGUGUUCUCUCACCACUGCCUCUGAGGAGGCCCAGCUGCCCAAACAGGAGUUCCCCUCAGAGCCCGUGUCUGAGGUGGACUCCGAGGUCAGCUCCAAGGUAAUUUCCGAGGAGACACAGUCGAUCGAUUCGUCACCAGAGACUGAGGCGUCAGCCCAGCAAGGUGACUCAGUGGAGUCCUCUGCUCCGUAUCAGGAGCCAGAGGCCAUGGUGGUGAGAGCCCAUGUGGCCGUGGUGGAGGCCGAGGAGCCUGGGCCCGUUGUAGAGGCCAAGCCCAUGGACAGUGAGGCAGAGGAGGCUUUGGACAUUGGGCUGGAUGAGGCACUGGCUGCAGUCAUCUCCUCUCUGGAUGAUUACAGAGGGCAGUUUCCUGAGCUACAGGUCCUGGAACAGGAGCUGAAACAACUGGAACAAGCACUGUCGGGUCGCAGCCACAGUCGCUCGUCCAGCGUCAGCCUGACUGUGGAGACAGCACUGGAGAGCUUUGACUUCCUCAACACGUCGGACCUGGAGGAAGAAGAGGAUGAUGAAGAGGAGGGAGGGAGACAGAGCGGGCCAGACAGUGAGCGCCAUGGCGCCCCUGAGCGGCCAGCCGAUGAAAGUGCGGGUGAAGACGAGGGCUGUGAAGCGCGCUGCUGGGACACUCCCUCCGCCCCCCUCAGCACAGCCUGCCUUUCACUAGAUCACACUCUGCUGGUGCAUCUGAAGAACUGCAGCUCUCAGCUACUGCGCCUGGGUACCUUUGGGCCGCUGCGCUGUGGGGAGAUGUACGCUCUGGACCGCCUGCUCAGGGAGGCCCGGGUGCUCGAGCUCAUCAGACGAGUCGCCAAGGACACGUCAGAGGGCAUGAACCAGCCUGAAGAGGUGGUUCCCCAGUUAGAUCAGUGCCAGGGGGCAGUUGUGCUGUGGAAGCAGUGCAUGGACGACAGCAGCGAGAGGAGUACCGUGUACAGCACAUCCACAGAGACCAUUCUGCACGCGCUCAGUACCACCUACUCCAGCAGACUACCAGAACGAGCAGCUAGCCUUGCUGAUUCAGUGUUCCUGCGACUGGUGGAGAGAAUGCUGGAGAGGAGGCUGCCCAGACGCGGGGGAGGGGCGGCCAGAGAGAUGAUCACGCUCUUUCAAUUCUGGAGCUACUUGGAGGCUGAGGGAGUCAUCGAUCUGGACACACACGUCACCGAGCUGGCCGAGGAGGUGUGGCUGGUGCAGUGCCUGCAGUGUGGGGACCAGGACACGUUGGUGAAGGCGCUGAAGAGGCCCCCAGAGAGCAGCCUGAAGAGGGAGGGCCUGCGGGCCGUCAGCCUGCUGCUGAGAGACCCCCGCGGGAAGGUGUGCAGUGCCGCCAGCUCCCUGCUCCGCAGCCUGGCGGACCAGCCUCGCCACAGAGAGAGGGCAUUGGUAAGCUGUCUGGAACUUCUGGAAGAUGAGAGUUUGGAGACACGAGUUUGUGGAUGCAAAGCCCUCGCAUGCUUGAAGGCCAAAGAGAGCAUCGACCAGCUGGUCUACCUGUGUCGCACCGACAAGGAAGACGUGAGGGACGCCGCCAAGCAAGCCCUGCUAGUGCUGGGUGAGGAGGGAAAAAUGGCCCACCGGCACGUGGAGUCGUCGCAGGAUGGAGUGGCCCGGCUUUUCGCCCCAGGCAGCAUGGCCAGCACCGCUUUCUGAUCCAACAGCAAUCUGCCACGCCCUUAAUCUCCACAAACACAAACAUAAACACACAGAACCAUGUCAACCCAGUUGUGUCUGUCCAAUGUUGCCAAUUCAAAGGGACAGGUGAUCACACACAUCACUACACUGUAAAUGCGUGGGUAACAACAGGCUCACCCACAGCAUGGACUUCACGCUGUAACUGUCUCCUAUUUUCUGACAUGGUGUAGUGUGCAAGGCAGUGUCGAGAGCACCGACACGGACAUAUUUAUACAUCCACUCACAAGCUGAAGAGUAAUCACAAUUAUAAAUCUGUAUAUUAUCCAGUAAUAACAUUUGUUAUGUGAGGGAAGGUAUGAUAACUGCAAAGUGCGUAGAAGGAGAGUGAAAUGUCGCAGAAAGCAGAAGAGGAUGGAGUGUUUUGCUGCCUUAGUAUUUGGCCCAAAGGUGUUGCCUUUUUUUCAGAACAUGGACAUGUGAUUUAGGACAGCGUCCAGACAAUGGCUGGACCAUCAGGUGCAAGAGACUAGACUCUGGACGCCCGCUCGCAGAUUGAGGGUGAAGCAUAAAGGGGGGGGGGGGGGGGGGGGGGGUGGGGGGGGAUGUUAAUGUUCACUCUCUCUCUUAUUUGGGGAGGAAUGCACUUUUGAAUGGUUGACUUUUGAGGUGAGGACAAUUACGACUGCGUGGAGAGUGCUUCGUGUGAAUGUUUGUGGAAGAAUGUUAGUUGGCAAUGGGGGAGGGGUGGAGUGAUUGGUAUCACUCCUCAGGGUGGGGCACUGGAGGAAUGGAAGCCACCCCCAGACCCCCCCCCCCCCCCCCCUCCCAAACACACCUCACGAAGGACCAUUAUGACCUGGAGGGGGAGGGAGGGACCACUAAAGCAUCACAGUGCCAUCAUUCUAUAUUGUCAAAUAUGUAUGCUUUAGAAAAUGAAUCUAUAUAAAUAUAUAUGAAUAUAUUCAAUUGGAAGAAUAUGUGUUUUCUAAAUGUGUUGUAAUUUUAGUUGAAAUGUUUAAAUACUCAGACUAUAUGCAGAACUUUCAAGGGUGCCGAAGCCACAGUAACUCACAACGCACUUGUUGAGACUCAAGCCACUGGCGUUUUACUGAAGAUUAUUUCUGCUGUAAAGGAGGUGAAACUUAUGUUUUUUUUUCUUUUUUUCAAAUCAGAAAUAUUAUUUUGUUGUAGAAAUGUGUAAACUGUGGUGGACUUGGCCUUUUACCGAACAGUAACAGACAACCUCUUAUGACCAUAUGAUCUCUGGGUCGGCCCCUGCAUGCACACUGAGAACCUCUGGUUCAGGGUGUUCUCUGCCAAGGUGACAGGAGGGAGACGGGCUCAAUGAGAGAGCCUGGAACUUGUUUUAUUUGCUUUUUUGUUCUGCUACUUUUUAUUUUUUUCCAUUCUGUCAGACUUUCAAAUGGGUGCUUUAGAGCCUCAUCAGUGAACAAGUGCCUCAAAGUAAGGGGAGGGGGGAAUGCUUAGGCUUUAUUUAAGAGUUAAUGGUUGCAGUGCAAGAUGACAAACUGCAUCAAAGAUUUCAGUAUAUUUUCCUUAAGACUCACAAACAGUACAGCAUUAAAGUGAUUUUUUUUUUCUAUAAAAUGUAUAUUGUCUGACAAGAAUCUUGCCUGACAUCAAGUGUAAAGAAAACAUUAAAACAUUUUAAAAGUA